AUGCCUGCGGAGAUCCUAAAGUCCAAGGACGCUUACGACCCAAGGCGCCUCUUUGGGGUCACCACUCUCGAUGUAGUCCGCUCCAAGACAUUCCUCGGAAAGAGCAUCGGGGCGCAGCCGAAAGAGGGCAUCAGCCCAGUGAUUGACGGACACGCUGGCCUCACCAUCCUUCCGGUUCUCUCGCAGAGCCGUCCCCCUUUCCUUAGUAACGAAGCUGAACGACUGUCUCUGUUUCAUCGCAUCCAGGAAGCCGGCACUGAGGUGGUCAAGGCCAAGGCCGGACUUGACUCGGCUACUCUUUCGAUGGCCUAUGCUGGGGCUCGCUUUGUGGGUUCCCUCAUCAGGGGCAUAAAGAAAGAAAGCGACGAAUGUAUCGUCGGGUGCACCUUUUGCGAGUCGGAUGUCUCAGAAGUGAAGUUCUUCAGGAGCACAUAG